AUGUGCAAGCUAACUCUCUAUAUACUCUCCUGGGCCACUUUAUCCGUGACUAUAAAUGCAUUCCCUCGCGAGACCACCAGGGAUGGGUUGCCAUUGGUGCCGGCAACAACAACCCCUGCAGCAUCAAUGGUGACUGAAGCCCCUUAUCAUGAUCUCCGCUGCUCGGAUGGCUCAACGGUUCUGCACACAACAGACUGCACAAUGGGAACCCCUGUGGUCUAUUGUUUUCAGCCACCGCCUCCAAUCACAUGUAAUCGCGGUUACUUCCCUUCUGUUUGGCACCCAGAGCACUGUUUGGAGGAAUCGACCUGUUUCCCUACCGACGCAGACUGGAUCACAACAGAGUGCCAUAAUGGCGCAUUUCCAUUUUCAACCUCCACCUUGUAUGAAGGGACACUUGCCGAUGGGCAUUGGACAGCAAUAAGUGUCGUCUCUUGCGCCUGCGCCACAGAUCAAUGGUACAGCAUGACCAAGCUUGAUGGUCGCUCCAAUUAUGAGACUUUCUGCAUGCCUCAUCGAUCCUGCCCUCCUGGAAUGACAACUUCUGUCCGUACCAAUGAGUACUGUGCUACGGCGGCAGCCGGUGCUUGCGCAGACGCCCAAUAUAAGACCGAUUAUUGUGAAUGUGCGAAUCCUAUGCAAACUCCUGUGUACGACGAUAAGUUUAAGGGGGCAAUUGGGUGCGAGUAG